AUGGGAUUUCAUGAUUUCAUGAAAUGUCGGGUGAGCUCUUUGGGCACGCUCCUCAGUGCAGAGGAGAGCUUCAGCCUCCCACCAGUGAGCGAUCAUUUGCCCCAAGCCUUUCGUGUGGUUUGGGAGACCGGUCAUGCCGUGGAGAUCCUGUCGUGGAAUGUGAUGGCCCGAGGCCGGGCAGGUGCAACUGGUCGUGCUGGAACUGCCUUGGAAGGCAAACGGCUAACGAACAAUGGCUUGGACUGUGAUGAAACACCAGACAGCUACAAGCAGCGCUUGAAGGAGCGAGUGCUGCCAGUCCUUCAGAGAUGGCUAGAGCAAUCCGGCACAUGCCAGAGGGUUGCAUGCUUGCAGGAAUUUCCAGUGCAGCCGUUGCUGCAGCAGGAGUUCCUGUCAGACCUACGCAGCAAGAUCCCGUGUUUGCAAAUGGCUGUGGGCAGCGCAUGGGAGGCGGGCUUUGCUCAACUUGCCACCCACACCAAUGCAGUGGUUUGGGACAGCUCUUUGUGUGAGCGACCUUCCCAGGUGCCAAGGGGCCCAGAAGUCCUUCAGCUGGCUCUGAAAAGUACAAAGCAUACUUUCGACCUGAUGAGUUUCCACUUGCCAUUCAAAGAUUCACCAGGGGGCGCUAGGUAUAGUGAAGGCGUGAAAGCAGCUACAAGCUUUUUGCGGACAUUAUCGAGGGACACUCCACGGCCUUUGAUUGCUGCUGGUGAUUUCAAUGUCCAAGUCAAUGAUUUGGAAAAGGCUUUUGGUGCCACUGCGAUGGCAACACAACACGACUCUGCAGUUUUUCGAGGGCAAAGACUCUCCGUUGAUGCUUGUGUCGCACUGCCUGGCCUCGAGGAGCCGUCAACAAGCCUGAUGCCUUUGGUCGAAGACUCAGGUGGUCUGUGGCGGCCCUCCGAGCUGGAACUUUUCGGGCCUGAGGGCCGGGAUGCCUUCAUCGAGAAAUACGUUGCAAAAAACCUUCACGAUGAUCCGCGGCUCUGGCGGCUGAGCGACACGGCUGUGGCUUCGCUUGGAUGCUGGCCUUUUGCUGAGCAACCACGAGAAGUGGCAAGGCUGUUGCAUGGCACGCGGAGCCAAAAGAAGCGGAAGCUGGACAACCCGUUGCUUGGCACAAUUGUUGUUAAUUACUCUGACUCUGGUGAAGUGAGCCCCCAAUGA